AUGCAGUCGGAGAGCUCCACACGAACGGCCCUGCUCAGCGAGCAGAUCCCGGUAUGUCGGAUCUGCCUGGAGGAGGACGGGCCCGCCGAAAUGGUCCGUCCCUGCCGCUGCAGUGGGACCCAAGGCAAGGUGCAUCGGCGCUGCAUGAAAGAGUGGCUGAAUGCGUCGGGGAAGAAGGUACGUUGCCGCAAUGUUUUUGAUGUUGAAACAGAUUUUUUUGGGCGAAUUUUUAUUAUGUUUUUGUGGGAAAGACAGGUGAUUAAAGCCAAUUAUGUAAGGUUUGUUGUGAGAUAGAUAAAAGGAAAGGGGAAAUGCUCGGUGUCUGAUGCACGGAUUGUGAUGAAAAUUGGUGGAAAUUUAGAUUAGAGCCCUCUAAAGUGUGUGUGAAACUUAUAACUUGCAUUUAGCCGGAACGAUGGAGAUUUUUAGGUCGAAAAAUUUGAAAAAUUCAAGUUUUUUCUGAAUAUUUUGAAGCCAAAAUUCUCAAAAGCCAAUGCUUAUAAUUCAAUGAAACUUGGCGUAAAUCAAGACCAUUGUAUUCAAUGGUCUACAUACAAAAUUUUCAGCUAGCACUAUGCAGAAAUAACAGGAAUAAAAAACGGUUUUUCAAAAAGUGAAAAAUCCCGGAGCCUGGAACCAGACCCCUAUUUUUGCUAAGCUACAAAUUUGAUGACUCUAAUUUUAAGCUUGAAUAACAAAAAGAACAGAGAAAAAAAUAAAUUUAUGCGGUUAUCACCUCACCCAUUCCUUUUGAAGCCUUAAUUUGCGACGAGUUUUAUCGAACUCUCGGAAAAAACCCCAUGGCAAAAUGUUGCAUAGCAAAAUUGAAAAUUUUUAUCCGAUUUUUUCAGCGCUGUGAGAUCUGCAAAUGGGAGUUUGGCAUCCGAAGACGGAGACUUCGUCCAGUCCAGGAAUGGAGCCUGCCCAAGCCGGCCAGCGAAAUGUUCGAGGACCAGAUUGAGUUUGUCUGUUUGAUCGUCUGGAUCCUCUUCCAAUUCCGGAUCGUCUAUGCAAUUUGCAGGUAAAAAUUGGAAUUUUUUCAUUUUUUUGGGAAAAAAAUUAUUUUGGAAAACUUCCAAGUCUUGACUUUUUGAGUCGAUGACAGUUCGGAUCAACGCAAAAAUCAAGCCAUACAAGGCGCAUUACAGGCACAGAUCCCAAAAAAAGGUUUUAGCAAGCCCCUAGGAGGCCUAGCAAACCCGUUGGAUACACGGCGGAGGCUCGGCGAAGGCUCGGCGGAGGCUUAUAAUACGACCAAUUUUUCUAAUUUCAGCUGUUGGCAACUUUAUUUUGCUUGACCCUUGAGCUAUUGUAACAUAAAAAAGACUUAAAUUUGCGGCAAAAAAAGAAGAUCCGUACAUUUUAUCUAGAUGUUAUUGAUGUGAGUAUAUGUAAAAUACCUCGAAAUAAGUUAUAAGCUAUCCUAGGACCCAAUCAAUCUUAAUAUUUCUCUUAAUUAAGCCUUCUCCCAGCCUUCUUCAUGCAUGCAACGACCAAAAAUUUGAUCGUAUUUUAUCCCCCAUUUUUUCAGCCAAGGCCCCAUUCAAAUGCACCAGGACCUUUGCCGCACCUUCGAAUCCUCCCGAAUGGCCUUUAUUUGGUGGAUCUCACUCAUCUUCAACACGUAUUACUACGCCCAAUCGGUCAGUGUCAUCUUCCAGAAGUGGGUCGAUGACAACACCGAAACUGACUGGUAUUUUGAUCGGCAUCCCGAUGAAAAAAGUGUAAAAAGCAUUAAACUUGGUUAA